CUGAGGAAGGAACCACCGCGCACCAUGGGCCGACCAAGAAGCAAGCAGCCGACCAACGGCGUGAAGCGCGAGCUUCCCGACGACGCCGAAACUCUCAAAACCCACUUUGCGAAGAAGACGAAGCUGCUGGACGAUAGCGACGACGAAGCGGACGGCGCCGUGUCGCUCAAGAUCAACGAGGACUAUGCACGGCGAUUUGAACACAACAAGAAGCGCGAGGAGCAGCAUAGGCUGGAGGAAAAGUACGGCAAAGGCAGGGCGCUGCAAGACGCGGGCGAGGAGUCGGAGGACUCACAGGAAGGCGUAGAGGAGGACGAUGCUGGCGAACUCGUCACCGAAGAUCUCGAUCAGGAGAUCUCCGCUACCCUGGCGGCCCUGCGGUCCAAGGAUCCUCGCAUUUACGACUCGAAAGUGAAGUUCUUUACAGCAGCAGAGGAGGCCGCCGCUAAUGCUACCAAUGCCGCCGACAAGGGAUCAUCUAUGACGCUGAGGCAAUACCACACCAAAAACCUGCUCGAAGGCAACCUCGGCGACGAGGAAGACACCCCGAGACCAACCUAUGCACAGGAGCAGGAGGAAGCUCGCCAAGAGCUUGUCAAGGAGCUCGAGGCUGCAGAAGAUAAUGAUGAAGAGGACGAUUUCCUAGUCGCAAAAUCGAGGUCCGAGCCUGCACCAGUGCCCGAAAAGCGUGUCAAGAUCACAGUAGCAGAUGUCGAGAACGCCGACAAGGACCCCGAGACCUUUCUCUCGAACUUCAUGGCCUCCCGCGCAUGGGUACCAAAAGGCGAUGCGCGAUUCCAGCCGCUCGAAUCGGAUGAGUCCGAGGAGGAUGCUGCGGCUGAGGAAUACGAACACUCCUACAACAUGUACUUUGAGGACACAACGGGCGCGAACGAGAAGCUCGUUACGUAUGCCCGUGACGCUGUUGCGAAGACCACAGUCCGUCGCGAUGGUAAGAGCAGUCGCGCCAAGGCCCGCGAGGCCGCACGGGCGAAACGCGAGGCCGAGAGGAAGGAAAAGGAGCAAGACCUUGCGCGGUUGCGGAAGCUCAAGAUGGAUGAGAUGGAGCACAAGGUCCAAAAGAUCCGUCAAACAGGAGGGCUCAAAGGCAGGGAUUUCAACAUCGACGAAUGGAAGGAUGUUUUGGAAGCCGAAUGGUCGGAUGAUCAGUGGGACAAGGAGAUGCAGAGGCGCUUUGGCGACGCGUAUUAUCAAGAUAACGAUGCCAUGUCCGAAAGCGAUGACGACGAGGAUGACGAAGCGGGCAAGAGGAAAAAGAAGACCAAGAAACCCAAAUUCGACGAUGACCUUGAUAUCAAAGAUCUGAUUCCAGAUUUCAAGGACAACGAUGAGGAGAAGCCUGAAUUCACUCUAACCGACGACGAGGAUGCGGAGGGCGGCGCAGAUGAUAUGGACAUUGAUGAUGAAGACGAGGAGGAAGAUUCCACAUCGAAGAAGUCGUCCAAACAACGCAAGCAGGAGCGCGCAGAUGCAAAGAGUGCUGCACGCCGUGAUCGUCGCCUCAUCGAGAACCUUGUCAACGACAGCCUGCAGUACGAAACAGCUCUAGCAGCAUCGUCCUCCAAAGCACCAAAGGGCUUCCGUUACCGGGAAACCUCACCUACCACAUUCGGCAUGACGCCGCGCGAUAUACUUCUUGCCAGCGACAAGCAGCUCAAUGAAUUCGCUGGCCUCAAAAAGCUCGCUGCUUUCCGAGAUCCUGCCAAGAAGAAGAAGGAUAAGAAGCUGCUUAGCAAGAAAGCCAGGCUCAGGCAGUGGAGACAGGAAACUUUUGGUGAUGGGGACGGGCCCAAAGGCGGGUUUGAGACGAUACUUAAGGAUGACGAGGGAGAAGUAAAUGGCAAUGGAGUUUCGAGAGCAGAGGCAGGGGGUGGCAAUAUUCACGAAGGCGAGCGCAAGAAGAAGAGGAAGAGGAAAGGCAAGAAGAGUAUGGUCGAGUCUUAAUUAGAGCAUUGCAAUCUAAAAGAAGGCCCUGCAGUACUUGACAUGGACCCUGCAUUCGCCC